AUGGAUUUCUUUCCUCCAUUCCACAAUACCCCGUUCAGUCGCAGCAUCCAAGAGGCGAUGUCUGCAUUCCCAGAAGAACAGUGUCGAGAAGCACUAACCCAACAAUCACCGAAGCUAAGGGCGCGGCGCGCUCUCGCAUUUGCAAGGCUCGACAUUUGCUCAGUGCUGAGGAAGCGCAAGGCUACCAGACUCUUGCGCUCUAUAGGAGUUCCUACAUCUUCCAUAAACACGUCAACAUUAUCCCCAUCAAGUCCACCCAAAGUCUUAGUCGAAAAUGCCCUUCCUCAAAAGGCCACUGUCGUCGACAGCAAAUUGCCGAGGGAGUGGCAACUAUUCAAUGGGCAUGAGAGAGCCGACGCUCAAAGGCGCUGGAUAACGAUGAAGAAUGCUUUGAAGAUGUUUGAGAACCUUCCCGACGACGAUAUCCGGCCACGGCAAUGGUCCGAUGAAGAAAUUGCGCGUCACAAAGACAUAGUGACCAAGUACUACAUCGAUGCCGGCAAACCUCACAAGCUGGCGCCAUUGUACCGAGGAGACACGAGUCGCGAUGACAUAGUCAAUGCGCUAAAGACACUCAUCGUAGAUGCAUUCAAGGAAGUAAAAAAAUUCCACAUGUCUGUCUCGUUGUCUGGCCAAAGGAUACGCAAAGAGAGCCAUCAUCGUUUUAAGAAGCGCAAUCGUCUUCCUUUUGGUCCCGAGCGCACUCGAGCGAAAGGCAGACCCUCGCACCUACACCACUCGACAACCCCCGAGGAUAUACCAGAUGAGAUACCCGAAAUCAUCUAA